AUGGCGAGCAUCGUCACGCUUUUCCGCCGCUGGCCCUCCGCAGAUCCUAAGGCCCGCGAAUCAAACCCGGCGCUCAGCAUGCUCUUCACUGGGGAUGCCCACGACAGAGAACGCCAGAUUCGAGACACGGUAUUCGGCUUUGCGGGGCCAAUAACCCCUAGGUCGGUCGAUGUGCUCAAGAUCCCACACCAUGGAUCCCUCUGUUCCACAUCUGUCGAGUUCUAUAACCGUAUCAAGGCGAAUGUCUAUCUUGUGUGUGCGAAGCAGAGCUUGCACGGAUUACCCAACCUGCGUAUUCUCGAAGCGAUGGUUAGCCAUACCACUCGGCAAGGCAGCUCGACUAUACACAUCUUCUCCUCCAAUCCAGACAGCCUCUGGAACAUGCGCUCGGAGAACUCCGCUAACGGCGCACAGUCGAACCUCAAUAUACUCCUGUCAGGCAAGCGUAGGCCUGGUGCGAUGGGUGUCCCGUCAAAGUACAACUACAAGUGCUACAUCUUUAAACAUCGCGUAGAGAAUUGGAGAUAUGACAGUCCUACAAAGGGGAGAAAUGCGGGGAUAAUACUUCUGGGGCGGGACUCGCAGGGUCGUCUCGUAGUUACGGCCAACGAAGAGUGGUGGGAUAUAUGGGAUGAGGAAAGGAUCAAGGACCCUCGCAGCACCGCGGAUUAUCUAUCGACCUAUCGCAAGGUAAAGACUGAAGCUUGA